CGCUGGGCAGAGAGCUCGGUAGGACGCAGCGUAGCAGGGACACCGAAACGUAACGAAAUAGCGAGAAAUUUUCCCGAAGAAUUUUACAGCUGGUCGGCUCGCUAGCUGACGGCAAAGCAGGCAUGGACGACAAAUCGUUCACCAAGGAGGUGGACGGAUGGAUCGAACAGCUGAAUGAGUGCAGGCAGCUGACAGAGAACCAGGUCAAAGUCCUCUGCGAAAAGGCCAAGGAGAUCUUGACGAAAGAGUCCAAUGUGCAGGAGGUGAGAUGCCCCGUGACGGUCUGUGGAGAUGUCCACGGACAGUUUCAUGACCUGAUGGAGCUGUUUAAGAUUGGAGGGAAGUCUCCAGAUACUAAUUACCUCUUCAUGGGAGACUAUGUUGACAGAGGCUACUAUUCUGUGGAGACUGUUACACUCCUGGUUUCUCUUAAGGUAAGGUUCCGCGAACGGAUCACAAUUCUCAGAGGGAACCACGAGAGCAGACAGAUCACACAGGUGUACGGUUUUUACGACGAGUGCUUAAGGAAAUAUGGAAAUGCCAACGUUUGGAAGUACUUCACAGAUCUAUUUGAUUAUCUUCCCCUUACCGCGCUGGUAGAUAACCAGAUAUUCUGCCUCCAUGGAGGAUUAUCCCCUUCAAUAGACACACUGGAACACAUCCGAGCGCUGGAUCGCUUGCAGGAAGUUCCUCAUGAGGGUCCAAUGUGUGACUUGUUGUGGUCAGAUCCUGAUGACCGCGGCGGCUGGGGCAUAUCACCACGCGGUGCUGGUUACACAUUCGGGCAGGACAUUUCUGAGACUUUCAACCAUGCAAACGGCCUCACUUUGGUUUCAAGAGCCCACCAGCUGGUCAUGGAGGGUUAUAACUGGUGCCACGACCGCAAUGUCGUGACGAUCUUCAGUGCGCCAAACUAUUGUUAUCGUUGUGGAAACCAGGCAGCAAUCAUGGAGCUUGAUGACACAUUGAAAUACUCUUUUCUACAGUUUGACCCUGCACCACGCAGAGGAGAGCCCCACGUCACGCGGCGUACGCCGGACUAUUUCCUGUAAAGAACGCUGGUGAGAACUGUAACAGGCUGCACAGAGGCUUGGGAAAAGAAGCAUUCAAUCCCCCCUGAACUUGUGUGCCAUAAUUACAGUAAAAUGGAAAAUAACGUCCUUUUAACUCCUUCCUCUCUGUGCAUGAUGUUUUAAUUGCUAGAAAUUACUGCUACUAUGAACAAUACUGUCAUAAUACCUGCUGGUUUAUCAGGAAACACGAAUGAACUAACGCUGAGAAUAAUGGCUAGAUGUUGAUAAGCAGAGUGUGUUGCCACAUACAGUAUAUAAGCUGCAUCUUUCACUCGGCAUGGCCUCAAACAAAGGUUGCAGUAUGUACAAUGUGAACUCUUUUCUUUUUGUAACUGAAGUGCAAGUGUUUAUUUUGUGGAUUGAGAUGAUAGGAAUGAGUAUGUUCUCUUUGCACUUUUGUAUUUGAUUUUUAUCACAUGGCACUGACAGAUUUUGUUCUUUUUAUAUCCUGUUAUAGUGUAAGUAGCUCUCUUUCUGCUGUCCCACAUGGCAGUUAAUGUAUUUCAUUUAAUUAGGCAAUACUGGUACAAAUGACAUGUAAAGAAAAUCUAAUAAUUUAACUUAAUGUUUUGCAGUCACAGCUAUAAAAAAUAAAUAAAACUGCCGUUGUUUUGCCAUUUAUUUCCCUUUUGGUACAGCUUGUGGCAUUAUUCCCCGUAGCUCUCAUCAGUCACCACUAGAUGGAAACAGACCCCCAAAAUCGGUGCAGAUGAUCAGCCCAGACAGCGAUAAUUAGCUUUAUUGUGAAUGGAUUAUGUCCAGUAAAUUGGUUGCAUGAAAGAGUAAUUUUACGUACUUAAUACGACGUAUUUAAUUGCUAAUACAGAUUUUUAAUACAGUCUGUUUUUAAAACAUUGUAAAGAUAGGACUUGCUAUUCCAAACUAUUUUUUAAAUAUGCAUUUAUGAUUUUAACCAAAUAACAAACCUCCACUAUUAAC